CGUCCCACCUCUGGGGCGGAUAAAUAGCAGUUUGUUCCAGUAGCUCGGUGCAGCCUGAACUGGGGCUUUAGCAAGAGAGCAAGUGCCUGCUUCACUCCUCCUCGCCUGCGGUGCAGACCUACCAACGAGCAAGAUGACCCACCAGUACCCAUCACUUUCUCCAGAGCAGAAGAAGGAGCUGGCCACUAUCGCCCAGCGGAUCGUGGCCCCUGGAAAGGGUAUCCUGGCUGCAGAUGAGUCCACAGGCACCAUGGCAAAGCGCCUGCAGAAGAUCAGCGUGGAGAACACUGAGGAGAACCGCCGCUACUUCCGUGACCUCUUGUUCUCCGUUGAUCCCUCCAUUUCUGAGAACGUGGGAGGAAUCAUUUUCUUCCAUGAGACACUGUAUCAGAAAUCAGACAAGGGUGUCCCCUUCCCCCAGCUCAUCAAGGAGAAGGGCAUUGUUGUGGGCAUAAAGGUGGACAAAGGCACAGCAGGACUGAAUGGAACAGAUGGAGAGACAACAACACAGGGACUGGAUGGUCUGUCUGAACGUUGUGCUCAGUACAAGAAGGACGGCUGUGACUUCGUUAAGUGGCGCUGUGUGCUGAAGAUCUCUGACAGCUGCCCCUCUGCGCUUGCCAUUGCUGAAAACGCCAAUGUACUCGCCAGAUAUGCCAGCAUCUGCCAACAGAAUGGCUUGGUGCCUAUUGUUGAGCCUGAGAUUCUUCCAGAUGGAGAUCAUGACCUGCAGCGCUGCCAGUACGCUACAGAGAAGGUUCUUGCUGCUGUAUACAAGGCCUUGUCUGACCACCACGUUUAUUUGGAGGGCACUCUGCUCAAGCCCAACAUGGUCACAGCCGGACACUCCUGCCCUAAGAAGUAUACCCCACAAGAGGUUGCCAUGGCAACCGUCAGUGCCCUCAGACGUACCGUACCCGCUGCCGUACCAGGCAUCUGCUUCCUGUCGGGAGGCCAGAGUGAGGAGGAAGCUUCACUCAACCUGAACGCCAUCAAUCAGACUCCACUGCACACACCUUGGAAGCUGACCUUCUCUUAUGGCCGUGCUCUCCAGGCUUCAGCCCUUGCAGCAUGGAAGGGAAAGGCGGAAAACAGGAAGGCUGCACAGGAGGCCUUCGUCACUCGUGCUAAGAUUAACAGUCUGGCAUCUAAAGGCGAGUACAAGCCCACAGGCCAGGCUGACAAGGCUGCCACACAGUCCCUCUACACAGCCAGCUAUGUCUACUAGACCAGACAUUCUACCAAUAAUGCCAUUUUUUCUGGAACACACUCAGUUAAAACUGUGAAAGCAAAGUGACCAAAAUCUGUUCAAGGUAACAUGAUCAUGUUAACUUGACGUAUGAAACAUACAAAUUCUGCAUGGACAGAAUUCUAAUCUACAUUGCCUUGGACUAAUGACCAAAUCACUAAAUGUAUAAAAUGCUUUUCCUGAUUAAACUGGAUUUUACCGACUUCA